AUGGCCACUGCCUCCGGAAUCGAGCCUCUGGGCGACCCCAGAGAAGUUAUAGCUGCCGAGGCUGAGAAGUCCGACAUCUACCAGCGCACCUGGGGUCUUGCUGCACGUGUUGAUAGCACCGUCACGUUCGAGGAGUACGUCCAUUGGGCUAAGAUUGAGCGUGCGGAGGAGAAUGAGGCCAAUCGCGUGUACAAGGAGAUGCAAGGCCCAACGAGCAUCAAGACGCUCAUCAAAGGCCGUUUCUCCAAGGGUAUCCAUCACGAGGAGAAGAAGAGGCGGGAGGCAGCACUCGCCGCUGCCAGAGGCAACAUCGAGGGUAGCACGGAUAGCGACAAAGACAAGAAUGAUGCUGCAGUCGUUCCUGCUGAAGUUCGGGACGGUGUCGUGUCAGAGGAGGAGUGGAGGACUGCUUCGCGAGCACUGAGAACUGCCAGCUGGGGAACUAUGUUCUACCUGAUCACCACUGACAUUCUCGGUUGGUCGACUACCCCAUUCGUCUUUGCCAGCGUUGGCUACGGGCCCGGCAUCGCCCUCUACCUCAUAUUCGGUAUCUGCGCCGCCUUCUCCGGCUGGAUUCUCUGGAAAGUGUUCUUGGGCCUCGACUCUUCCCGCUACCCUCUCUUGUCUUAUGGCGACACCUUCUUCCGCGUAUACGGCAAGAAGUCUCGCCACUUCAUCAACAUCACCCAGUCAUUGCAGCAAUUCAUGACCGUCUCCGUCCUGAUUCUCGCCUGCGGCCAAACUAUCGCCCAGUUGGCCAAUGACAGCAUCUGCUUUAUCGCCUGCAUGAUUAUUUUCAUGGUGGUCGGUAUGUUGUUGGGCAUGAUCCGAUCUCUGCAGCGUCUGGGUUGGUUGGCCAAUGCCUCCGUCUGGAUGAACGUCGUGUGCUUCAUGAUUAUCAUGGUGGCCUGCGCCAACUACGGCAUCGACUUUGACGCGGUCUUCCGAUCGACCCUUCUCAAAGCACCUCCAGGACCCAUCCGCACCUUCGCCGGCCCACCCCCGGACGAGUUUAUGCAACAAGCAACCGGUUUCGCUGGACAAUUCAACGGCAUCAACUCCAUGGUCUACUCCUACGGCGGCGCCCUCCUCUUCGUCGCCUUCCUCGCUGAGAUGCGCCACCCCUGGGAUUUCUGGAAAGGCAUGCUAUGCGCGCAGUCCUUCAUCUGCGUCGUGUACAUCUUCUUCGGCGCCUUCGUGUACGGACACUAUGGCCAAUACGCCAUCUCCAACAUCGGAAACGCCAUCCAACCUCUCCGUCUCCAACAAGUUAACAACAUCUUGAGCCUGAUCACCGCGUUCGUGGCUUGUUUGCUGUACUUUAAUAUCGGCAUGAAGACCGUAUAUAUCGAGGUCUGCCAGGAGGUCUUCAGAUGGCCGGAAAUCACGAGCAAGAAGGGGAAGCUGCUUUGGUAUGCUCUCGGCCCCAUCUACUGGAUCGUCGCGUUCAUCGUCGCGGCCGCCGUCCCGAAUCUCAACGGCAUCUCGGGUCUCGUUGGCGCGUUGUUGAUCCUCAACUUCACGUACACGUUCCCGGCGAUUCUCUAUAUUGGGUAUCGAUGCCAGGUGGAUUCUGCGCUGCCCGGAGAGGGGUUCGAUCCCUAUACGGGAGUGACGACGAGGCAUGAUGGCGGCGUGAAGAGGUGGAUGAGGGGCUAUAUGGUUAAUUGGCACGUCAACUCCAUUAAUGUGGUGUAUUUCCUCGGCGGGUUGGUGUGCUCCGGUAUGGGCACGUGGGCGGCUAUCGAGGGUCUUAUUCAGGUUUUUGGACCGGGUGGCACUGUGGCUACGAGUUUUGGUUGUGCUUCGCCUGUAUAA